AUGACUUAUAAAACGCCAUGCCGCAGUGCUUUGGGAUAUCUCGAUGGUGCAUCUGCAAUCAUGUAUACCAUAACAAAUAUCUACGUGCUUGCCGCGUUUGGCACCAUCGGAGGUGCUCUCUUUGGGUUCGAUGUGAGCUCAAUGAGUGCCUGGAUUGGCGUCGACACAUACAAAGAUUAUUUCGGUUCUCCGAAUUCCGACUUGCAGGGUGGAAUCACAGCAUCGAUGUCGGCUGGUUCAUUUGCCGGCUCGCUCGCAGCGGGUUGGUUGUCGGAUAUUCUUGGCCGUCGAUACGCACUCAUGAUUGCAUCUCUAAUUUGGAUUGUUGGCGCCAUGGUCCAAUGCAGCGCUCAGAACGUAACACAUCUGGUUGCCGGUCGUGUCGUCAGUGGGUUGGCCGUUGGAAUUACCUCCUCCCAAGUAUGCGUCUACCUAUCUGAACUGGCACCCGCCAAGAUCCGUGGUCGUGUGGUGGGUAUCCAGCAAUGGGCAAUUGAAUGGGGUAUCUUGAUCAUGUACCUGAUUGCAUAUGGCUGCGUGGUGGGUGUUUCCGGACCAGCUGCGUUCCGGAUUUGCUGGGGCGUGCAAGCAGUCCCUGGUCUGAUCCUCUUUAUCGCCUUGUUCUUUUUCCCCGAGUCGCCGCGCUGGCUCGCGUCGAAGGAACGCUGGGAAGAGGCUUUGGAUACCUUGGCUAUCAUCCAUGCCAAUGGUGAUCGUCAUGAUCCGGUUGUGCAGGUUGAAUUCGAGGAGGUCCGCGAGGCAGUCCGUGUCGCUCACGAGUCUAAGGAUGUUUCCUUUUUGGCCUUGUUUGGACCUCGCGUUUGGAAGCGAACCAUGUGUGGAAUGAGUGUUCAAAUGUGGCAGCAGUUGUUGGGUGGUAAUGUUGCUAUGUACUAUGUUGUUUACAUCUUUGAAAUGGCUGGCAUGACUGGUAACACGACACUGUGGUCCUCUGCUAUCCAGUACGUGAUCUUUUUGGUCACCACAGGAGUCAUGCUUCCCUUCAUCGAUCGCGUCGGUCGCAGAAAUCUACUGCUGAUUGGAUCCGUCACCUGCAUGAUUGUACACUUCAUCAUUGCCGGUACCAUGGCAAGCCACGGCAGACCCGUCCCGAACGUGAAUGGAAACGCCAACCUGACCUGGGAGAUCAAAGGCAGUGCCGGCAUGGCCGUCAUCGCGUUUUCAUACAUCUUCACUGGUAUCUACGGCCUUACCUGGGCUCCGACCGGAUGGAUCUACGCGUCUGAGGUUUUCCCUUUGAAGUACCGCGCCAAGGGUGUUGGUGUCUCGGCCGCAACCAACUGGAUUUUCAACUUCGCCCUGGCGUAUUUCGUGGCUCCUGCCUUCCACAACAUUCAGUGGAAAACUUAUAUCAUUUUCGGAGUGUUCUGUUGCGUCAUGACUAUUCAUGUGUUCCUCAUGUACCCCGAGACUGUGGGCCGGUCCCUUGAAGAGAUCGACUUGGUGUUUGAGACCGAUGUCAAGCCAUGGAAAAGUCACAAGAUUGGUGAUAUCUUUGGGGAGGAGAUUGAGCGCCGCAAGGAAGAGGGUGCUAAAAAGGAAAUCGCUGGUGCCGAUCACAAAGAGGUGGUGUAA